UUUCAAGCCACAUGUUUUUUGUAAACACUGAUCGGUCUGUUGUAUCAUCACCAAUAACACUGAUAUCAUUCAGACUCCAUUCACUGCUGUCACCCACCAUCUGGUGGACACAGUCAUGUCUCUGAGGCUGCUGUCAGUGGAGCCAUGGGACCGGGGCUCUCAGAGGUGCAGGCUGGGUCCAGGCUUGAUGUCAGCCCUGGGUGUGAGUCUGGGCUCCCCGCUGCUGGUGUCUGUUCCUGGGGGAAGCUGCCUGUGCACCGCCUGGCCCCGGCCUGACCUGGCAGAAGGCUUCCUGCAGAUGGACCUGAGAUGUUCCUCUCCAGGUCUAAUCUCUCACCCACCCACCCAUCUCACCCUUGACCCCAACCAGCUCACCCCUGUGCCCUGCCCCAAACUGAAGGGUGUCAGGAUCACUGUGGUGGUCCAGGGUGCUGGUUUUAAGAAACACACACCCCCUCGCCUUGUUCACGAGCUUGUGAAGGACAUGCUGAAAGGUGUGCAUGUCCACGAGAAGCACGUGGUGAACCUGGAGGAUUUUGAUACAGAGAUUAGAUAUGUUGUUAUUGAAAGCAUCAAUCAGGAUUCUGCCAGUGCUGGAUUCAUCACCGCAAAAACUGGUGUGGAGAUAGUUGGCAUCCAGACGCUCCGGCAUUACAGGAGUCAGCUGCAGGACCAGCAAAUAGUCCCACUGGGGGGACUGGAGGAGGUAUGUGCCUCCCUGAGAGAGAUGCUGCAGCUGCCCCUGCUCUAUCCAAGCACCCUGAGCUCUCUUGGUGUGUCGUGUCCCAGAGGGGUGCUCCUGGUGGGGCCUCCAGGUGUGGGCAAGACCCUGCUGGUCCGCAAAGUGGUGGGGGAGGUGGGAGCCAGUCUGGUGGUGGUCAGAGGGCCAGAGGUGGUGGGAUCACGGCCGGGUGAGAGUGAGGAGAAGUUGCGCGCCGUGUUUGAGCGUGCUCGCUCUGCAGCUGAAGAGGGUCCCUGUGUGCUGUUCCUGGACGAGUUGGACUCUCUGUGUCCGAGGAGAAGCGGCUCGUCGGCGCCGGAGAACCGCCUGGUUGCUCAGCUCCUCACACUGAUGGACGGGAUGAAACAGUCCGAUCGCUUCCUCAUCGUGGGGGCCACCAACAGACCGGACAGCUUAGACGCGGCACUGCGCAGGCCUGGAAGAUUUGACAGAGAGGUUAUCAUUGGAGCGCCCACUUUGCAGCAGAGAAAAGCCAUCUUGUCUGUUCUGUGUGCGAGGAUGCCUGUGUGUCCCAGUGUGGACAUGGCAGAGCUCGCACAGAGAACCACAGGCUACGUAGGGGCGGACCUCAGCGCCCUCUGCAGAGAGGCCGCCAUGCACGCCAUACGAGGAAGCUCAAAGGGUUCAGGAGAACAGGUGGUGGGUAUGAAGCACUUCCAUGAGGCUCUGAAGGCGGUGAGUCCCUCCUGUCUGAGGAGCAGCCUGGGCAGGACGGAGCUGUCUCCGACGACAUGGGAGCAGAUAGGAGGCCUGGAGGAGGUCAAACUCAAACUCAGACAGAGUAUAGAGUGGCCGAUGAUGUACCCCGAGGCGUUUGUCCGUCUGGGUCUGUGCCGGCCGCGUGGCGUGCUGCUCUACGGACCUCCAGGAUGUGCAAAGACGACGCUUGUCAAGGCUGCAGCCAACUCAUCUCACUGUGCCUUCCUGUCCGUCAGCGGCGCCGACCUCUACUCUCCCUAUGUCGGAGACUCUGAGAAAGCUUUAGCACAGCUGUUUCGCCAGGCCCGGGCCUGUGCUCCCUGCAUCCUGUUCCUCGAUGAGAUUGACUCUCUGAUUGGCUCGCGGUCAAACGGUCAGACGCCAAACAGCGUACAGACCCGCCUCCUGUCUGUGCUCCUGAAUGAGAUGGACGGGGUCGGACUGAAGACGCUGGAGAGGAGAGGGACGGAGAAGAUCCUCCAGGCGGAGGGAGCGGAGGAGAAUAGAACGCAGGAACAGUUGGACUUCGAGGAAGUAUGCAACAAGGAUGUGAUGGUUGUAGCCGCCACAAACCGACCUGACUGCUUAGACAAUGCCCUCCUCAGACCCGGAAGGCUGGACCACAUCAUCUAUGUGCCACCGCCUGACCAGCAGGCUCGUCUUUGCAUCCUGAAGAUGCGCACAAAGUCGAUGCCCAUGGGUGCUGAUGUGUGUCUGGAGGAGCUGGCUGAAAAGACCGAGCUUUACUCUGGAGCUGACCUGGAAAAUCUCUGUAAAGAGGCUGCUCUGUUGGCGCUACAAGAGGAGAACAUGGAGGCUUCUACCAUCAAGCACACAUACUUCCUUCGGUCUCUCACUAAAAUGAGCCCCUCCCUCACUGCCCAGCAGAUCCAAACAUAUCAAAAACCUCCCAGAUGACAAACAACAUAUGACCAUGUCCACUGCAUUGACAACAUGUAUUACUACAGAGUAGUUGGUUUUAAAUAAAAUAAGUAAAAGUUGA